UCCUGUUACACCAUACUACCGUUCCCCCAAACAAAUUGUAUUGGAUUCUUCAAAACUGCAGACAAGGCUGUUAGUGGACUGGAUUCGGUGGUGUUGUGUGUACCAGCAUAUGUUUUCUGGACUCACUGCGCCGGACACAUGAAACGGUCACGAAUCCAAUCGCUACGCAAAUCUUCUCUUGAUUGUUAUUUGCAAGAAGUCUGAGUAGUCACGCGGACCGUCGCAUGCGCUACGUCGGUUGUCUGAGCUUGUCUUUACUCAAGUAGAUCUACAGAUACGGUACUUCUAUGUUUUUUGCUUCUGGUUUUUGUUUUAUUUUGUUUAGGUUUUUCUUGCGCAAUUUUACUGGUCCUAAUUGGAAAUAAGGUAUAGGAUGAACACUUCCCCCUACGUCAAUACCUCUGAUGCCGAUGGAAAUUCAAGUGGAAACUUUUCGAUGGAGGAGCCAGUAUGGGAUGACAUCAUACAAGCCUACUCGUAUAAUCGUGCAGAUCAGUUAGUCAUAUCCAUAUUUAUGCCAAUGGUUGUCAUCAUUGGAAUUUUUGGAAAUGUAAUGACAGUUAUUGUGAUAGUAAAACACUUACGAACGGCCGUUAACGUGUAUUUAGCAAAUUUGGCAAUAACUGAUACAUUGUACCUAUUAUUGGCGCCUGAUUUGAUAUGGAUUUCUUAUCUUAAAAGUUCGGUGCAUGAUCUGUAUGAUAUCGGUUCCGGAAUACUUUGGUUUUGUAGAUUAAAUAUCUACAUUGUGGACACUACUUUACAAGUGGCAAUUUUUACCAUCUUCUGGAUGUCCGUCGAGCGUUAUAUGGCAAUCUGUCACCCUUUCCAGUUUCGGAAGAAAGGAUUUGGAAAGCGUUUAAGAUCCAUACAAUUAUGCUGCAUUAUGUGGUUGGUAGCAUUGGUAUGGCAGGCGAGGAGCUUUGCAUGGAUAACUGAAGUUUCCUUUCAGUUACCAUGGCCUGACAUGUAUAACGGGAUUCCAAAUUCGACCUCGGUGUGUGUUUAUUGUCAUUUUAAUUCUGGAAAAAAUUGCGAUAUUCAAAAUCAUUUGUUUGAUGUGGAUAUUUUUCUAUCAUUAAUAUUUGUUUUUGUCAUAAUUGGUAUGUAUACCGCAAUAUUUGUCACACUCAAGAAGUCGCAUUUCACUUCAGCAAAUUCAACAGGUACAUCAUUGAGAUUCAAGUCGGAGAAAAAGGUUUUGCAAACUGUUUUUCUUACAGUCACGAUCUAUAUUAUUCUUAUGGCACCAUUCCGAUGUCUCAAUAUCUUCAAUUCUUACUAUGACAUACACAAAUUUAUUCUCCAGACUGUGAAUAUAUUUAGAGUUGCUAAUUAUUUAAAUUCGUCGGUAAAUCCCAUUAUAUAUAAUGCUGUAAACGAAGAUUUUAGAAAAGCUUUUCUAGAUGUGUUUUGCUGCUGUAACUCGAAACCCAUACCAGAAAUAAGAAGAGCAGUCCCUGCAAUCACUUUAAACUUGAAUCCCGUUUAGGCUUUCAGGUAUUUCAGGACUUGCGUCUCUGGUACCGUACCCCGGGGUUUCAUGUAUUCCCAUUCGGAAUCUCAUGGACCAACAAUUAUUGUUAUACCACUUUGGAUUUACCAUUUUUUAUGACAUACCGGGGAUAACAUUAAUGAUGUAUUUAUGUAAUUAUCAAAUCACCAACGGAGGCGGAUUUGCACAACGGGAAUGGUUUAGUUUCCCAACCUCGAGGUGGGGGGGUUCAAUCGCUGUGCAUUUCGGUCGUGUCCAUGAGCAAGGCAUUUUAUCUGCAUUGCUUCUCUCCACCUAGAAAUAUAAAUGGGUACCUGGCGGGGUUGUCUGCUCCUGCGCUGUUACCAGCAGCAUCAGAAAGUCCCAUUUCCAGGAAAAAAUUUCAAUAAAAAAGAUUUUUUUAGAAAAAAAAUGUAUAUGCAUUAUAAUUAUCAUAAACCAUGGAAAAAUAGUAGCAUAAAUAUUAGUUCAAAAGGAUAAAAAGAAAAAGAGAAAUAGAGACUACUUCUAAUAAAAGAUUCCAUUUUCUCAAGUUUUUGUGCUUCGCAUCUUGCACACGGUCGAUCGAGUAGGCCUUAGAUAUGUUUGUGUAAUUGUCAAAAUCCCUGUCAGAGCGGUAUUUUUAGUAACAAAUUUGAAAUAAUUCCAAUGUCAAGUGUCAAUACUAGCAACGGAAAAUAUUAUGUCGGCCGUUUUUAUGUCUGAUAACAGAACCCUAUAUCGAGGUAAGGCUAGGCCAGCCCAGAAGUGUUGAUAGGCUAGUGUUUCCGGCGCCUAUACUGUAUAUUUUUUAACAGACAUAUCGCAAAAUCAAACAUAAACAAAAUCACCCGCGUUUUAUCAAAUUUCAGUCUUAAUUUCCAUUUUUUUUUCAUGUUUAGGAAUGUUUAAAUUCAGUUAACUAGCAAUUUCCUAAUAUAUUUAUAAAUCUUUAUAACAUAGGCCUAUAUAAAAAUCAGAUUUUUCUCAACGGAAAUUUGCUGGGAAUGGGGCUUUAAAACGUAGACCCAAUGACCAGGGAAAAGAACUGCGCUUAAUCUGAAGGAGAGACGCGUUAUAAAAUGCCCGUGCCAGUACGAGUACCAACCUACUAGGUAUCCACGUCUUCUAAGUAGAGCAAACCAUGUGGAGUGUGUAUGAUGUAAUAAUAAAACAUGUUUUGAGGCGGUUUUAAACAUAUUAUUUGUUAAGAAAAGUUUAUUGUUUUUAGGUCUAUCUAUAGGAUAGAAAAGUAAGACUAUGAUUAUUAUUCUUAUAAUAGUUGAAGGAAUUUAUUUUUACAGUUAUAUGGCAAUAAACUGAACUGGAACUUGAAAAUCGUGUGGUUCACAAAACCGUUCAUUUUGAAUCAAUAGCGAUUACCACGCCGCCGAACUUGCUAAUAUAAAAUCUAACAUUUCGCAGUUGAUACAUUGACAUGAACCACAUCAGAUAAUUCAUCGUAUUUACUUCAACGGUACUAUCAUAGACAAACGUUACAGUUAAGUACGACAGCAACAUUAACAAAACGUGGCGGAGUAGGCCUAGACAAAUUCAACUCAAAUAUCACCGUACACUCUUUAAUACAUUCGUUCCACUAGGCCUAUACAUCAUCAAUUCAUUGUGAUCUGCACGAUACAUUACAAUAAUCACUACACAAACAAAAGUUAGGUAACGUUUUUCUAUCAUUGGAACCGAAAUAUAUUCAUUAACAUAAAUUAAUUUAGAUUUUGUGUAAGGUGAGCGUAGAUAACUGUAAUAUACUGAGACAGCCAAAUUUAAAAAUACACGUUGCGUACUCGUUUCUCAUGACAUGAAACUUUAAUAGUUAGACCUUUCAGUGACGUUCUGGCCACCCGUUAUUCUUGUUCUUAUAGGUCUACUUUUAUUGCCAAAAUCGAUAACAUAAACUAAAACAAUGAUGACAACUCAUGGGAGCAGGCAGAGGAACCAAAAAUUGAAUUAAAUCAAUAAAUAACAAAAGUUAAUGUUCCCUACUCCCAACCCAACAAUAAAAAUGCAAUAACAAUGCGUAUACUAUGUAUAUUCUGUUUCAGUUUGUCGGUAGAAAUAGACCUAAGCUGGUGGGUAUCUA